AGCUGCGCAUAUAGAUGCGUUCAAGUGAAUAGGGUGUGGGGCGGAAAAGUCAUACUCGCAGAUGUCAAUAGUCGUUCAUGUGAAGGCAGCGUGGACAACCCAGACUCAGUGGGACACAGGUGACACAUGGAGACAGCGUGGACAAUUUGAAUAAAAGAACGGCUCACAACUGCGAAGCGGUUUUUAUCGUCACUUAAAACAACUCAAAAGACUCGAGUCGUUCGUGAACGUCACAUCUCUAGUGUUCUCUGAUGACGUUUACAAGCUGCGACGGAGAGUCCGACAGAGCAGAAGGAUGGAAUGGAGUCCGAGCCCACAGGUUGUGUGGAAAUAAAGGUUCUCCGUGACCCUCUGUGGAUAGAAGGAGGUCUGCGGAGGAGCCCGUAUUGUUUUCAGGUGGAUUUCCAUGAUGGAAUGGAGCGAGUGUUGAGUUUGAGCAGUUGGAGACGGAGGAGUUGAACAUGGAGCAGCAUUAGUCCGGAGAUAGCCCCAGGCAGCAGAGCCACAACCAGGAGGAGGAGAGUCCCACGGCAGAGUGAAGAAGUGUUCCACAGUCCGACUGGAUAGAACAGCACAGGAGGAAACUGUGGAGGGAGGGAGGGAGGGAGGGAGGGGGAAACCGGCAACGGAGAAGAGAAACAGAGGCAGCAGAAAGAAGCCUAAGGUGGAUUUUAAGUGAAACCUAAAAGUUGUAUUUGGACAAAGACGAAGAUCACCUGAUUCCAGCAAACAUGGAUGACAAACCCACCUGUGACCAGUGUGGAAAGACUUUCACCACAAAAAAUUCCUUAAAAGCCCACAAACGAAUCCACACAGGAGAAAGACCUUAUGAGUGUGACCAGUGUGGGAAGACUUUCACCCACCAGUCUAACUUUAACAGACACCAACGCAUUCACACUGGAGAAAGACCAUAUGACUGUGACCAGUGUGGGAAGUCUUUCACGAGAUUGAUUCACCUUACAACACACCUACGCAUCCAUAGUGGAGAAAGACCAUAUGGUUGUGACCAGUGUGGGAAGACUUUCACCAAAGAAAAUUCUUUAAAAACCCACCAACGAAUCCACACUGGAGACAGACCUUAUGAGUGUGACCGAUGUGGGAAGACUUUCAUCCAGCUGAGUCACCUUACAACACACCUACGCAUUCAUAGUGGAGGAAGACCAUAUAGCUGUGACCAAUGUAGGAAGACUUUCGCCACAGAAAAUUCCUUAAAAAUCCACCAACGAAUCCACACUGGAGAAAGACCAUAUGGCUGUAAGCAGUGUGGGAAGACUUUCAUCCAAGUGAGUCACCUUUCAACACACCUACGCACCCACAGAGGAGAAAGACCAUUUUUCUGUGACCAGUGUGGGAAGACUUUCACCAGAUUGAUUCACCUUACAACACACCUACUCAUUCACAGUGGAGAAAGACCAUAUGAGUGUGACCAGUGUGGGAAGACUUUCACCAGAUUGAAUCGCCUUACAACACACCUACGCAUCCACAACGGAAAAAGACCAUAUGACUGUGACCAGUGUGGGAAGACUUUCACCCAAAUGUCUACCCUUAAAACACACUUGCGCAUCCACAGCGGAGAAAGACCAUAUGACUGUGAACAGUGUGGGAAGACUUUCAUCCACAUAAACAGUUUUAAGAUACACCUACGCAUCCACAAAGGUGAAAGACCAUAUGGCUGUGACCAGUGUGACAAGGCUUACAUCACAUCUCGUGACCUUAAAAGACAUAGAGCCAUCCACAAUGGAGAAAGACCACAUGACUGUGACCAGUGUGGGAAGACUUUCACCACAAUGAAUGACCUUAAGACACACCUACGCAUCCACAGUGGAGAAAGACCAUAUGAAUGUGAGCAGUGUGGGAAGACUUUCACCGACAUGAGUAGCCUUAAGAAACAUCUACGUAUCCACAGUGGGAAAAGACCAUAUGACUGUGACCAGUGUGGGAAGACUUUCAUCAGAAUGAAUGACCUUAAGACACACUUACGCAUCCACAGAGGAGAAAGACCAUAUUACUGUGACCAGUGUGGGAAGACUUUCACCCAACUGUCUGCCCUUCAGACACACCAACGCAUCCAUAGUGGAGAAAGACAAUAAAACUGUUACCAGUGUGGGAAGUCUUUCAGAGUCUUGUCUGCACUAUUUUCUCACCUUCAUGCUCACCACAAGAAGUUGAUGUACCCAUGUGAUAUGCACAACGAUACCCUGGUCAUCCAUCUUUGUGUCACCAACAAGUGUCACUGACAAACUUAUACUGGAGAGAAACCUUACCAGUGCAGAUUUUAUGACAGAUCUUUAAUAAUGGAUUAGAUUUAUAUAGCACUUUUUUAUGAAUGCAUACUCAAAGCGCACAGACAGACAUUCACUCUCACAUUCCCCCUCUGGUGGUGGUAAACUUAAACUGGGGCAGACUGACGGAAGCGUGGCUGCCAAUUUGCGCCUACGGCCCCUCCAACCACCACCAAACAUUCAUAGGCAUUCAUACACCAGUAUGAGUAGCAGCUCUGGAGGCAAUGAGGGUGAAAUGUCUUAAAUCUUUUAUCACAGGUUCACAAUGUACCAAACGUGAAUGUGUCAAAAAUUUCCACGAAGGACAAAAACUUAGCAAUUGUACAAAAAGUAAGGCUCUAGAAACUAGUAGAAACAAUCAGUGUCAUAACACCAAAACAGUUUGAGUGUUAAAGGUGUGAAAA